CGGUCAGCGUCUGUGCGGUCGCCGCCGGGACUCGCCUCUCCGGGGCCUGGCUGACGGCGGCCGGCCGCUGUGGGGAAAGAGUGCGAGGUAAAAGUAAGUUCCCAGAGAAGCAGACCUGGCAGUCAUCUAACAUGUCUCGGAGAAGGUUCGAUUGCCGAAGUAGCUCAGGGUUACUAACUACAACUCCUCAAACACCGAUAAAGAUGGAAAAUUUUAAUAAUUUCUAUACACUUACAUCGAAAGAACUGGGGAGAGGAAAAUUUGCUGUGGUUAGACAAUGUAUAUCAAAAUCUACUGGUCAAGAGUAUGCUGCAAAAUUUCUGAAAAAGAGGAGAAGAGGCCAGGAUUGCCGUGCAGAGAUUCUACAUGAGAUAGCUGUGUUGGAGCUGGCCAGGGCCUGUCCCCAUGUGAUUAAUCUUCAUGAAGUCUACGAAAAUGCAACUGAAAUCAUUUUGGUGUUAGAAUAUGCUGCAGGUGGAGAAAUUUUCAACCUGUGUUUACCUGAGUUGGCUGAAAUGGUAUCUGAAAAUGAUGUUAUCAGACUCAUUAAACAAAUACUUGAAGGAAUUUAUUAUCUACAUCAGAAUAACAUUGUUCACCUUGACUUAAAGCCACAGAAUAUACUAUUGAGCAGUAUAUACCCACUUGGGGACAUAAAAAUUGUAGAUUUUGGAAUGUCUCGAAAAAUUGGGAAUGCUUGUGAGCUUCGAGAAAUCAUGGGAACACCUGAAUACUUAGCUCCAGAAAUCCUCAACUAUGAUCCCAUUACCACAGCAACAGAUAUGUGGAAUAUUGGCAUAAUAGCGUAUAUGUUGUUAACUCAUACAUCACCAUUUGUAGGAGAAGAUAAUCAAGAAACAUACCUGAAUAUUUCUCAAGUUAAUGUAGAUUAUUCGGAAGAAACUUUCUCAUCAGUUUCACAACUGGCCACUGACUUCAUCCAGAGCCUUCUAGUAAAGAAUCCAGAGGAAAGACUAACAGCGGAAUCCUGCCUUUCUCAUUCUUGGCUACAGCAGUGGGACUUUGGAAGCUUAUUUCACCCUGAGGAAACUUCAGGUUCCUCUGAAAUCCAGGAUCAUACCCUCAGGUCCUCUGAAGAUAAAACCCCCAAGUCCUCCUGUAAUGGAAGCUGUGGAGACCGGGAGGACAAGGAGAAUAUCCCUGAGGAUAGUAGCAUGGUUUCCAAAAGAUUUCGCUUUGACGACUCCUUGCCCAGCCCCCACGAACUUGUUCCAGAUUUGCUGUGUUAGCACUUUUCUCUGUGACUCAUCUGGACUAACUUGGAAAGUUAAAAUCUUCUCUGGUGUGAGAUUGUGUUUUUGGCUUCAUAUAUGAUAUGUUUAUAUUACAAAUGCACUUUUGCUUAGAACAACUUAGGGAACAGUUUAAAUGCUAGGUUUCUAUUUGCUAGCAUAUCAUUUCCUGUCCUGAAAUUGUUUUACAGACAAAAAUAUUUAAGUAUAUGACAAAAAUGUAAAUUGUGCAUGUGAGUUUACAUGCAACUAAAGAAUUCAAGUUCAGUUGAACUUAUAAAAUGUUUUACAUAUCAAGAAAAAUGGGUUAUAUUAUGGUUAGAGAAGAUUGAACAAAACAAAAACAUUGGAAUAUAGUAGGUUCUCUUAAGGCAAGCCCUAUGCCAUGACUCUAUUAACAGAAUUUGUUUGGGAAAACAAUGUCAAGUAUAUACACAUUAUGUACUAGACAUUAUUAUUAAUACUUCAGAGACAUUUGCAAUUGAAAAUGCUUCCCAGUUACCACCAACUGGAAACUGUGUAAGAUUUCCGUUGUGUGUGGUAUGCUCUGUGAGAGGGCCUAUCAAGCAAAACAGAGAGGAGUCAAGGCUGAUCCAGGUUGCUUCUCUGCAAGCUGAGUCAAAGCAUGAUUAUUUUCCAACCCAGAUGUGUUUGCACACUCUUCAUACAUCAGAGCUAAUGAGGUCUGGAAGAUGGAUAUGCAUGGUAUGCAAAUUAAAGAGGCCCUCCUCGUCCUCUGGAAAUAUUAGAGUGGAGGAGGAUGGGUAAAACCAAACAUGUUCUAAUUUCAGUCAGUUAGACAUAUUCAUGAAGGGAAAUGUUAAGUCCAGGCAGCUUACUUAGUGUUGGGUGUAUCCUAAAUCUGAUAACGCAAGCCCUUGUUUAGUCAUCCACAAAAGUACCAGAGUAUUGGUAGAAUUGUUAACACCAGAGUCUUUAGUAAGUAGCAUAAAACAUUAUGCACUGCUGGAGUUGUUAUGUGAAAAUCCUAGUGAGUGAGGAGGCUUGACAGGCAGCUAUCUUCAGGGUCUGUCUGUGUGCGUGCGUGUGGUGUAUGUUGUAUGUGUGUGUGGUUCUGCUGGAAACAACACAAUGAGAGUCUGUCCUUGAGUCAGUGGUCAGUUACUGUUUUCAAUCCUAAUGGGAGGGGGCUUGGGGAAUGCUCUGGUGAUUUCCCAUUAGUGUCCAUAAAAGGUCUAUAAUAAUGUCAUAUUAAGAUAACUGGUCAAAUGAAUAUGCUACUAUAUUAAACUCUAUUGCCAAAAAAUAAAAACUGUAUUUCCACAUUGAAUUGGGUUUAGUCUAACAACCUGUAAAUUCUUGAAAUCGUUAAAUUUCAAAUUCAUUAGCUGACUUUAAACUAUUUUAAAUGAGCAUUGGGUGUUUGACUAAAUAUCAAGUUAAUUUUAACUUUGUCAUCUUUAAAGGAGAAGUUGCCCUUUGUAUAUGUGAUGUAUGUGUACAGGUAUAUGUAUAUAUGCAUAUACAGAUAAAAUAGAGCCUUUAAACAACCUUGCAUUAGACUCUUUGCUUGUGUAUUGUGCUCAACUCAGGUGCCAAAGGAACCCUGUCUUAGGAAUAAUAAAGAUGUAUUCUGUAAGAAGUCAUCUGUUAGCCCAGUAAGCUAUACACAGAAGAUGUUACAUUUAACUCUUAUGUGUCUAAAGCUGAGGAGUUGUUGGUCAAUUAUUGAAUGUUUCUGUAUUUGCCACCAGUGUUAAUUCAGGUAAAGUCAUUAGUCAGUCAUUAGGGAAGGUGAUUACUUUCCCAAAAGGUGGUAUUUUAUUGUAAAACUUUAAAAAGUAUUAUGCCAGACCCUAAAAGUAAACAUUUGAAAUUUUAAUUUUAAGACACUUGAUAAAAAAAAAAAAAAAUAAUUUCAUUGUCUUUCUUUCCCUGAGGAAUCCUGAGGUACUUUGCCUGUUCCCCUUAGUCAAUGGGCUACCAAGUUGUAAACUCUGUCAUCUUUUCUUGAGACAUUGUUUAUUGUAAAACAAUAACUAGUGAUUGUGCACAGAAUAUAAGAAUGGUCUUUCCAUGAAGGUGAAUUGGAAUAUUUCCCAUGAUGAAAGAAAUGUGGAAAUAAAUGUCUUUUGAGAGAA